AUGGUUACCUCUGGAUCUCCUUCUGAAUCUCCUCGUGGAGCUCCCAGCAAUAUUGAUGCUUUUGCUCUGUUUGAGGCUCUUACGGGCCACAAGAUCGACAGGCGCUCUAUCCCUUCUAGGACUAUGUCCGAGGACUACGAGGUUCUCGGCAACGAGAGGGAUGACCAUCCUCUCCUUGGCCAGGAGCCUUCUCCCGAUGAGCCUCCUAAGGAUGUGUUCAUCGGCGCCAUCAACCCGUAUGCCCUGGUUGAGGCUAUGAUCGGCCAUCGAUUGGACCGCCAUGCUCUUUCUACUGCACGCAUCCUCGCGGAUGUCCUGCAGACCGACUACGAAGAGCUCUUCGACCUGAAGCACAACUCCGUGCUCUUUGCUGGCCUUAAGCUCAACGAGGAGAACCGCCAAGCCGAGGAAAUCUCCGAGAAGGAGAUGCAGAUCCUCGAGGAGCGCGACCUUGUCACUCCCGACUUGUCUCGCGUUAAGAAGCUUGAUGAUCUCGAGAAGAUUGGCCUCAAAGAGGUUGGUGAUGUCGCAUCAAAAUGGCCCGCAUGGCAGAAUGAUCAGCUAGCUCGCGUCUCGUCCUCGAUGGCCAGUCUCUCCGGCAAGACUGUCGGUAACCGCGAUGUUACCGAGACCAUCAACGAGCUUGUGCUUCCCUUCAGCCACGGAAAGGAAGACCAUCGUGGUCUCCCCCUAACAGCUCCUGGCGCGACAUGA